AUGACAGAGGUCAAGAGCGAUGCUGUCGCGGCGCCGGUGCCAUCGCAGGUUGGUAAUGUGUCCGAGCCAGAGCUCAGCGGUGAUUCUAGCGCAACGGAAGAUAGCCCCAAAGUUCGCGGCAAGCUUCAAGUGUGCUUGAUUCUAGCUGCCCUUUACCUCGGUCUUUUCCUCUCCGCCCUGGACACCACCAUCAUCGCCCAGUCCAUCCCGACCAUCUGCGCCGACCUGCAAUCUGCUGAGGGCUAUGUCUGGAUCGGUGGUGCAUUUCUGCUCGCCAAUGCCGCGACGGGCCCUGUCUGGGCCAAACUCAGCGACAUUUGGGGCCGCAAGCUCAUCUAUCUGAUUGGCAUCACGCUGCUCGCCGUCUCCAGUAUUGUCGCCGCGCUGAGCGUGAAUAUGGCCAUGCUGAUUGCCGGAAGAGCACUGCAGGGUGUAGCGAGUGGCUGUUUAAUACAGCUGUGUAUGAUUAUCAUCUCAGACAUGUUUAGCGUGCGCGAGCGGUCGCUGUAUAUGGGCUACACAGGCUUUGUCUGGGCCAUUGCUGGAUCGGCGGGCCCUUUGGUCGGUGGUGCCUUUACGCAGGCGGUUACGUGGCGAUGGUGCUUCUGGAUUAACCUCCCCAUUUGCGGCCUCACGUUUCUGCUCUCGAUUGUCUACUUGGAUGUCAAUAACCCACGGACGAAGCUUGCGGAUGGGCUGCGGGCAAUUGACUGGCUGGGAAGUCUGUCCAUCUUGGCCAUCACGACCUUGAUUCUGUUGGGACUUACGCUGGGCGGCGCCGUGUACCCUUGGGGCAGUGCCACGGUUAUUUGCUUGAUUGUCUUUGGAUUCUUGUUGAUCCCCUUUUUCUUGUACAAUGAGCAGCGUCUGGCCAAGUACCCGCUGAUGCCGCUUGGCGUUUUCAAGAACCUGUCCAACAAUGCCGUCUUUACUGUCGUCUUCACGCAUGGCAUGGUCUUGAUUGGCAUUGAGUACUACAUGCCUCUGUAUUUUCAGAGCGUGCAGCAAGCCUCUCCUAUCCGCAGUGGUCUGUUGCUGCUGCCGCUGAUUGUGGUUCAGGCUAUUAUUGAGAUCAUUUCUGGUUAUGCCAUCAACCAUACUGGCAACUACCGGGCGUUUAUCUGGAGUGGUUGCUUUCUCAUGGUCCUCGGCACGGGUCUGUACAUCAUCUUUGGUGCCGACACCACGAUUGGCGUCAUUGUUGGCCUGCAGAUUAUCGGUGCCUUUGGACCAGCUCUUCUUUUCCAGGCGCCCGUGGUUGCGAUUCAAAACACGGUCAGCCAGGCAGACACUGCCGCUGCUUCGGGGGCUCUCUUCUUCCUCCGCAGUGUAGCUAUGUCGCUGUCAGUGGUACUAGGCGGUGUCGUCUUUCAAAACAGCAUGACAUCGAGACACUCGGCUCUCGCUGCUGCUGGUCUCAGCCAACCCGUGCUGGAUGCAUUGUCUGGCAGCGAUGCUGCGGCCAAUGUUGGCAUCCCACAGACACUGGAUGAUCCUGCACAGCGCCAUGCGGUUUUGGAGGCAUUUGCAUUUAGCAUGCGCAACAUCUUUAUACUCUACACGGCAUUGGCCGCUGUCGGUGCCGUCGCUAGCUUGUUCAUCAAGCACAAGGAUCUGAGCACCGAGCAUACAGAGACCAAGACGGGCAUUGAGAACAUGACAAAAUCAAACCGCGGGGCUGAAUAGACAUGGACUGCCAGUGAGGAAAAUACAAUAGUUCUUCUAAAGAGAAACAUGCAUAACAAUAAUGCACUCGUCAGGCAAAUAACUUAGCAGUGGGCUGUCUGUAGCUGGUUCUUGGUUCUCAACUUUAAUUCGCGAAAUUUCGGCUUUCAUUACGUUUCAUCCGAACUCGUCUCCUAGCGGUUUGGUUGUUACUGGCGAGGCCAUCAUAACAGUCGCUGCUCCUGCAGCUAAAGCAGCCACAACAUGACAAAACAUACCGUCAGAGAUGCAAGUAGACAAUUUUCUGAUUUUCUGUAAAUUAGAGGGCGGAUGUGGACCUUUUAUUAUUUCAGUCGUAGUUUGCGAGUGACUUGCGACUCUUGAUUCAGCUAUACACAGGCCACACAGGCAAGCGUCGUACUCGUUGGAUAAGCUGAGGCAACACCCCGCCCAGAUCUUUCUAAUAUAUAGAUCAAGUCUCAGACUCUAUACGCACGUAUUUCUAUUUCUAUUUUGAAUAUUCUGUUGUUGGUUAGAAUCCGUAUUGCCUACCGCACGGGAUGGGUAGACCAGCGCUGUCAAGAGAGACUCGGGCAAUUGCAUGUUGGAUGGUAUAUUUACUUCCUUACUACAAAUUGCAUUGGCAUAUGUUGCAGACAGAGAGAACCAUCAUGUCUCCCUUGCUAGACACAUCGCUUACAGGGCCAAGGCGGCAGCAACAGCCGCAGCACCGGCCAAGACAGCCUGCUGCGUCACAGCGGGCGCCGCGUUGUGGGAGGACGAAGGAGAGGCAGAUGCGCCGGUGGGCUUGCUCACCAAGCUAGAAGCAGUAGCCGCAGCAGCUACCUUCUCAAGACCAGCAGUAACUGUGACGGGUGAAAAGCUCUGCAGGAGGCCAUGCGUGGCGACAAUUCUCAAGCCACCAGGACUGCCGUUGAGGCCAGGGGGCACUCUGGUGGUGCAGGAACCGUUGUCGCUGGUCAAGUCCCACUUGCAGUUUGCAGUCAGGGUAAGA